GAUCGACCAUUCACUGGAAUACCAGGCUUCUAAAAAUUCUCUGCCGUUCUUGGUGCCGUUCCUCUGUCAAAUAUUUGAACGUUGGUUGCCCCAGUCGAAUGUCGAUGUCCGAGUUAUCAACUGUGAAAAAUUUCUUUCUAUAAACUUAUGGUUUAUUCAGUGUGCUAUCAGACCAUUGAAGGCAUAAAGAAGGUUUCUAGUCACCGAUUUAUUCCGCUACAGAAAUAUCUUCACUAUAGUGAUAUCAUGAUAUCAGCAAAUUUCUGUUUCAGAUCUUGAGUGAAGUUAAUCUAUCUAUCCAGUUUAUCAUUUAGGUCAUCUGAGUGUUUUAUAAAAUUUCCUCUGUAGAAUAGAGACAGAGAGAGGAAUUAUGAAACGGCAUUUUCUGUGUCCUACUGUAAAACUACUGAAACAAAAAUGUUCAAUUCAAAUGGCAAGUUGUCAGAAGUUUUCUAGUACAACAAUCGACGAGGAAGAAGCUGUAAAGUUUAAGCGUUUCUCAAAUUAUUGGUGGGAUCUCAACGCGACACUGUAUGUUCCAAGACAUGUCUACUGGUUGUAUGGUGCAACAUUUACACCAAGGGAACAGUUACAUCAGAUAAUGGCUGGUCGAGGAAUGCAAUUCCGUGUUUCUGGAUUACGUGACCCAGUCCAUGUAGCUGGUGUUUUCAUCGGUGUCACUUUAGCCUCACCUUACAUAAGAACAUGGCCUCAUCUGCUCUCCGGAUUGUUGAAUUCAUCAGAAAUCUCUGUAUUCCGACCAUUCUAUUGGGUAGACAGACCGAUACUUGAACAUAUUGGCUGUUUAAUCUAUACUCUACCGUCUUCCAUUCGUUGGGGCAGUACAGUGAUAAUCAGUUCUUUCAGACAAUAUCCUUGGUCGCUGGCCAAUCCACCAUCGAAAUCUGCAUCGUCAUGAUGAACGGACUGCAUACUAUCCUCCGAGAAAUAAUUAUUCGUUUUUCUUCAUGUUAUGUUAUGUUACUUAGACAAAUGCACACUAAUCAUUUUCGAGCACAUGUAUUGAAAAGAAUAACUCACCACCUACUUACAACCUUCCCUACUCACACCAUUUAAACAGAAUACUUAGAUUUCCUGUUGUACUCAAGUCAUUUUCUAUUUCUUUAAUAGCCAAAGUUCAUUGGUACUGUUUUUCUUUCACAUUUACUAUAUAUUUUGCUAUUGAAUUCACUUUGUCUUUGUCUUUGUCUUCCUCUCUCAAAGAGGUUCCCUAGAAGCGACAGACACAGUCGUUUUCUUUACUCCUUCUACUCCGUGUUUUACAGUUCCUGUGAUAUAUUUUCCUAUUAGUGUCGUCGGUUUGUUUGCAGUGUUCAAAUUGUGUAAAAUAUUAACUUUUUCUAGUCAGAUUGUGUAUACCUUUAAUCAAUUUCAUGUAUGAUUUCGUGUAAAAGAUAGAGAUUAGUAGAAAUCUCAUCUCCUUCUCCUCCUUCUCGUGUGUGUCGUUUUUUCAUCUCACCUGUAUGUUUGCACUCAUCUCAGCACUCUCUUUCAAACAGAAUAAACAGUGAUACUGAUUGAUAAGUAGACACAGUUAUUGGCAUUUCUUCACUUCACUUCACUGCACACACACUGCUUGUUUAUUUUUUUCGUUUUGUUUGUUUUCAUCAUUUUCCUACAGUCAUGAAUUUAUUCUGCAGAUUUGUAUUCA